CUGAAGACAGCCGGUGUGAGAAGAUAAUAGAGACGGGCCCUCCUUUUAACCCUGAGCUGUCAGCAGAGCAGUCGUUCAUUUUGACGAAGGAGUCACAGCCGCUGGGUCUCAAGACUCACACAGAGAGCCAUGGAGGAGGAAGAGCAGCCACCUGGAAAACUUCACUUCGUCGGCAAGAAGGAUGAACUGAUUAAAGCAAAGCGCUCUUUCAGGACACUAGAGGGCCGAGAUAUUCUGAUUAUCCACCAUCAGGGAGUCUUCUAUGCCAUAGACUGUUACUGUUAUCAUGCUGGAGGAACGCUGCAGGAUGGAGACAUUGAGGACAUCAACGGCAAGCUGUGCAUCAUUUGUCCCAAGCACAAGUACAAGAUCACGCUGGCUGAGGGGGAGGGCUUGUACAGGGCCAGGAACCCCAUGGAGAAACCGCCGGUGCUCAGAUGGUACUCCAAGGGCGUGAAGCAGAGGGUCCACGCGGUCACAGAGGCCAACGGGGAAGUCUUCGUCAAGCUCACCAUGAUCCCAAACUGGAUCGAGUCGGACUACUACCAGGGAGAAAAGGGCAAGGUGGAAAGAGCCAAGGCGGAGGCUUCGGGGGACGACAUACCCGUGAUGAAAGACGACGAGUGAAGAUCGCGUCCCUGAGAUCAGAUUCUUCCUCUGAUCUCAGGAGGAACGGUGACUGUUUGUAUGGAGGACGUUAAUUGGCACAGAUCCAUGUGUGACCCGCUUUAAUUGGUUCACAGGAAUAUAGAAACUUGAAUGGGUGUAGAUUAAAUCAGUGACUCAUUUUAAGCUCACUGGGUAGCCGCAUGUCCCCACACUCUCGUUCCCUCGUGAAUUAUGCAUACAGCAAAUGAAUCGAUGUGAUAAAAAGCUUUAUACUGAUCAAUACAGCUCUCAAGUGGAGAAUCGUUUACAUUAAAAAAAAAUAAAAAGAUCAUGUAACAAGA